GUUCACUUGGAGCUAGCACGAGCUUGUGUUGAAACAGCGGAUUGAGACAUUCUACCGUCUAGUUAACCGGGUGCGAGCGGGUCGGCCAGAGACAUGGCGCCGAGCUCACUUCAGAGGAUGCGCGUAGGAUAUGUUUGCCAAGAAAGGACCGCCGUCUCUUGUGCGAGCUGAGCUGAAGGAAGCAUCUAGGUUGUGAUGAAAUCCGGCCAAGGUCUAUCGGGUUGGUUCGACACAGCGCCAGCAUAUUCUCGUGAACGGAUUACCCUGGGCAUCCAUCUGGGCCGCCAAACUCCGUACGACAGAUAGCCAGGUCCGACACAUCCGAGAGCAGACAUGGUGGUUCGAGUCACCUCGCUGAGAUGCGCCUCGGUCGAGUCACCUCGCGUGAGCCUGCAUGGCGGACGGUGACGGCGGAGUCGAGGCGGUGACGAUGGCGCGGGCUUCCUUGGUGUUUCCAGGUUGGCUGACUGUGGAGAGAACAACCUAAUAAACAGUGGAGGCUCCAUCGGCGGCCGCUGCGUGAGCGCCCAAGACUGCCUGAGCUAUCUAACGCAGGGACGGACGGCCAGCACUGGGGGGCUCAUGCAGUACAGUCCAUGAGUCACUAUGAACCCCACUGAGAACUUUCCCACCACAAGCAGUUACCCUUCACGCCUUCGCACCAUGGCGGAUUCGAGCACAACGGCAGCAGCCUCUCCGGCCGCGCCGCACCAACCGCCCUUCACAUAUACCGCCAACCAGGGCUACGAGCAAACGCAAGAGGUCCCGCCCGAGGUGCGCAUGCACAGAGGCGCCCUGCACCCGGACCAGCACGACGACGACAACGAUGAUGAGCUAGACGACAUCUUCAACGACAGCGACGAGGCGAACCUCGACGACGACGAUGGAUGGGCCGCCGAGGCUGGCGACCUGACAAAGACCUACAACCGCCAGCGCCAGCUCAACGACAGCAAUGCCGCCGCCCCGCGUUCCAACCAGCAGAAGCCCAAGGCCAACACCUUUGCCAGCGUCGACGACCAGGUCUCAGCGCUGGCCAAACAUGCGGCCAAGAUUCGCCUUGACAGUGUCAAGCAAGAUGACGACAAGGAUAAAGACAAGGCCGACCGCGCCACGAGCGAGCAGGUGCUGGACCAGCGCACACGCAUGAUCCUCCUCCAGAUGAUCAACCGCGGUGCUGUCAGCGAGGUCCACGGCGCCAUCAGCACAGGCAAGGAGGCCAACGUCUAUGGCGCCGUCCUGCACGACGACGCCACCGGCGAGACCAUCCAUCGCGCCAUCAAGGUCUACAAGACAGCCAUCCUCGUCUUCAAGGACCGCGAGAGGUACAUCACCGGGGAGCACCGCUUCAAGGGCGGCUUCGACAAGGGCAACAACCGCAAAAUGGUCAAGCUCUGGGCCGAGAAAGAGUACCGCAACCUGCGGAGGAUUCACACUGCCGGCAUUCCCUGCCCGGAGCCCAUCAACCUAAAGCUACACGUUCUCGUCAUGGGCUUCCUCGGAGACAGAAAGGGAUGGGCGUACCCCCGGCUACGCGAUGCCGUCCUUCAAGGGGACGACGUCGACCAGCAGUGGAGGGGCCUGUACCUGCAACUCCUGGGGACCAUGCGCAAGAUGUACCAAGUCUGCCGGCUGGUGCACGCCGAUCUGAGCGAGUACAACAUCCUCUACCACAAGGGCACGCUAUACAUCAUCGACGUGUCGCAGAGCGUCGAGCCCGACCACCCGCGCUCGCUCGAGUUCCUGCGCAUGGACAUCAAGAACGUCGGUGACUUUUUCCGGCGCAAGGGUGUCGACACGCUCACGGACCGCGCCAUCUUCAACUUCAUAACCGCCCCGACAGGAUCCGUCGAGGCACCUGACAUGCUCCAGGCGCUGGAGAAAAUUUACGAGGCCAGGGAGUCCGCCACGACUGAGGAAGAGGCGGCCAGGUUCGAAGUCGACAACGAGGUAUUCCGAAACCAGUACAUCCCGCAGACGCUCGAGCAAGUGUACGACAUCGAAAAGGACGUGCAGAAGCUGGGUGAGGGUCACGGAAGCGACCUAGUCUACAGCAACCUGCUUGCCGACCAAGUGGUCAAGCCAAAGGCUGACGGCGAGGGUGAGGCCGAGGAUGACGAGAGCGCCGACGAGGACUCUGGAGACGGUGCCUCCCAAUCCAGCGACGGGUCGGGAAGUGACGAUGGCACGUUCGAAAAGGGCAGGCCACGCGGGCGACGAUUCGAGGACAAGGAUGAGAAGAAGCAACACAAGCAAGCUGUCAAGGAGGCCAAGCGCGAGAAGCGCAAGGAAAAGAUGCCAAAACAUUUGAAGAAGAAGAUUGUGUCGAGCACCUCCCGGAGGAAGAAGUAGACAAGCGUUGGGAAGAGAAGGAUAAAAGGCAUCAACUCACGAUAAAUGACGAUACGCUCUCCUGGGCUGCAUACAACCUUGCGGGUUGACGGCUUUGGAUUAGCGGAGGCCAGGCUGCCUUAGCAUAGGUGUGGCACAAAAGUCGAGUGAUGAGCACUUCCUGUCGCGAGGACGGUUGACGGAUGGUUUAGUCGUCGGUUCCUCGGAAUCGAUGCGUAACCGCCAGUCCUGUGGCUUGCGAUCCGAGCGGUCUCCUGCGGGAGAUUAUGCAGUGACGAUCAAAGAGAGCACUGACGACUUUGAUACAUGCCUACUACAUUUGGCCCGUGCCAGCUGCUCAAUACACUGACGAGGCAACCCAAGGCCAUGAUGAAAUAUGCAAUCGUAGAUGCUCC